CCUGUGUAAAAAGGUAUUUUAUUUAGAUUUCCGCAAGCUUCGUGUGCUCAGACUUGGAUACAACUGAUAUUUACGGCGUAUGCGAUUAUCCAUCCUACUUUAAUGUCUGGCAUACUGACCGUAAGAGACAUCUAGAGGAAAAACCAACAAGGGGAAAUUCCUCCGCGCAGCGCGCCAUUGACUGUAAAGACCUUUCAACUUAACAAAAACUGAAGUUGACAAACGUAUCCCUGUCGGCUGAAACUGUGAGAAAGAGUUUGUUUUUUCGGAGAAGGGGGCAAAGCAGAAGAAGACGAUGCUGCACACGGUGGAGGUUUCUGAGUACGUUGGUGCUUUUCUGUAAAUGAGCGACGGCUGUACCGCGGCGUUUUGUUUUGAUUUCCAUGUGAAAUGCAAUUAGUGCUCCGCGGUGCUCGCUAGUUUGGCUCGCGGAGCAGAGCACACUCUGAACUUGUUUCUCGCCUCGGGAGCACAACAUGGAGCAUUAUCAGGAAGAUUUGGGGCUCCGGGCCAGUAAAUUGAUGGAGGACCUUUCCUUGUACGAUGCAUAUAAAGACGGGAUGUACAAUUCGAGGAGAGACUUGGUGAUUAACCCCGAUUUAGACUUUUCGGCUCCGGCAGUAGCAGAGCAUAAAAGUAAGCCAAUGAAUGGUACCUCUGUGCUUCACCAGCAGCAUCACACAGUGGAGAAUUUCACGUCUGGAAAUAAAGUGUACAACGCGGCUCCAGUGCGCCCAGUGAAUUGCAACCGGACCGUUCCUGUGGAUUUUUGUGCCCCUCAAAGAGACGCGGUUUAUAGUGAGGAGGGCUGCUGCACCAAAUCCGAAGUGGCUUUGCCGUGCUACACGGGCGCUUCCGAGAGGCACAGGAGGUACUCUCUGGAGGUGCAGGGCCACAGGUAUAGCACCGGCUCCGCCUUCGACGGCGUGCCGCUCAACAAACCGGUGGCUCUCCCCGGCAACAGGUGCAACAGUGUCUGCAUCACCAGCAGCCACGACGGGAGGUACAACGCCACUAGUCCUCGGUCCAGCCUUGCAUCUUCUCUGUCUUCUCAGGAGCAGAGCAAGCAUGCAAGCCCGAGGUCGAGCAUCAGCAGCCCGCGCACUAGUUUGGUGGUACCGGGUCAGGACAGGUACACGAGCCCCAGGUCUAGUUUGGUUCACUGUGAGGGCAACAGUGUCCUCAGUCCCAGAUCCAGCUAUGCAAGCACCGCCAGCGACACGAGUAAACACUCCAGCCCCCGGGCCAGCCUCAACAGCUGUGACUGCUGCAGCAAGCCCAGCAGCAACCGCACCAGCGGCAUCAGUAUGGGCUACGACCAGAGGCACACCAGCCCCAGGUCGAGCACGGCGAGCCAGUACUCCUUCACCACCAGCCCGAGGUCCAGUUACUCUGACUCACGGUACGGGCCUGUGGUCAACCAUGAUCUGGAAGGGGCGAUUUUACACGCAGCGCCGCUGGCGAGUCCUCGUUCGAGCAUCUGCAGCCAGGACGGGAGCGCAAGACCGGGGACAACCGCAAACUGUGUGGUCAGUCCCCGGUCCAGCAUCUCCAGUCACAGCUCUAGAAGUUCCCGCAGCUCCAGGGGGUCUAUGAGCACCUACCCUGAUCUGCAGCUGCCCUCACCCAGGUCGUCGAUGCUGGGAAGCAGUUUACACGAGGAUACGCUGCUACAGGAGUUUGGAGACUCCAACGGGAUCAAAAAUCGCAUCCAUCUCCAGGGGCUUUCGGCGGUGCCUGAGCCCCAACAGCAGUCAGUUCAGACGGGAGGGACUGCGGAGAUGACCGCGGGGUCACCAUCAUCAUUUAGUUAUGGGAUGUCCUCAAAAACAGCUUCCUCGGGCCAGAGGUUUAAGCUACCUUACCAGGUGACCCCCAGCCGAGACAGUGGGCCAAGCCAGGCGGAGAGGCGGCUGGAGGCGCUCACCCUGGAGCUGGAAAAGGAGUUAGAGAUGCACAUGAAAAAGGAAUACUUUGGUAUCUGUGUCAAAUGUGGGAAGGGUGUGUAUGGAGCCAGCCAAGCCUGCCAAGCCAUGGGGAACCUGUAUCACACAAAUUGCUUCACCUGCUGCUCCUGUGGGAGGAGGCUGCGAGGGAAAGCGUUCUACAACGUCAACGGGAAGGUUUAUUGUGAGGAGGAUUUCCUGUACUCUGGUUUCCAGCAGACGGCUGAGAAGUGCUUCGUGUGUGGUCACCUCAUCAUGGAGAUGAUCCUCCAGGCGCUGGGCAAGUCCUACCAUCCAGGCUGUUUCCGCUGUGUGGUGUGUAAAGAGGGUCUAGAUGGAGUGCCUUUCACCGUGGAUGUUGAGAAUAACAUCUACUGUGUCAAAGACUACCACACGGUUUUUGCUCCCAAGUGCGCCUCCUGCAACCAGCCUAUCCUUCCAGCCCAGGGCUCAGAGGAAACCAUCCGCGUUGUCUCUAUGGACAAGGACUACCAUGUGGAGUGUUACCACUGUGAGGACUGUGGUCUCAAGCUAAACGACGAGGAGGGGCACCGCUGUUAUCCACUGGAAGGCCACCUGCUCUGCCACAGCUGCCACAUCCAUCGGCUCCAGUCACAGGUCCCUGCCCACCCGCCCCCCAGCUAUCCCCUCCAUGUCACUGAGCUGUGAGGCGGAGGAGGGUGGGCAGCAACCAAGCCCUGCCUCCCAGGUGAUCUGAGACACCAGCAGUGGGCAAAAAAAGGCCUACACCCCCUCCAGCAGUUCCAGAGAAGCCUCUGUGUGGCCAUCUGAGCUUCUGCCCGAGUCCUCAGCUGGACAGCCAGGCCGUGGACUAACACACACAGUGCAGCUCCCACCACAAGCCCUGCUGUCAUAUGACAGGGCUGGGAAAAAGGGUCCCCCUCCUCCUCCAUCUGUGGUCCUUUCCUCCCCCCUUCCCCUUGGGUGCCUAACCCUGAAAGCCAACACGCCAGCUCAUCCAGAGGCCCCCGGUGACGUCACACCUCCUGACCCCUGCACAUUCAUCAAAGAGAGGGUUUUUGGAUCGGAAGAGAGAACGCAAACUCUCAUCUCUCUCCUUGCCUCCCUCUCUUGCUUUCCAUGUUUUUCAUUCCUGUGCUCUGACUGAAGCGGUUUACCGCAGUGGAUUCACCAGUGCUGUCACGUCUGAGAACGCUGCUGAUCUCGCCGUCAGGAAGGCCAGGGAACGAGCCACUACAUUCUAGUGCUGGCUGGACCGGACAGGCCCCAGGGUGGGCAUGCUGUGCCUUCAGAGCAGGCCCUCUCUGUGCAGCUAUUAACACUGAAAUGGAGCCCUGCUAAAGGCUAUGCAAAGGACACCCAGCAUCACGACACAGGGCUAUGAGAAAAAAAAAAAAAAACUGUUGACUCAUCGCCCCUCACCCUGCACCACCCCAACAUAACAGAUGCACCGUAGCACCACAAGCCCAGACGACCGACUGACAUUCCACUUAGAAAUCUUAGAUGAGACCUCGAGAGAUUCACAAGCAGUGUCUUAAUUAAUGAUUAUAUUAUGACAGAAAAAGAAAAUUUUAGAUGCACAUAGAUUGUCUUUUAUAUAUGAAUAUAUAUUUUGCAGAUGUUUUCCACAUAAGAUCCUAGAUGUAGAUUCUCAUUUUUUUUUUUUUUUUUUUUUUGUCUUGUUGCUGCGCUCGGGAUAGAUUCAGAGGUGAAACACACUGUCUGUCUGUUACGCAGUCUGAAGCCUCCGAAGACUUUGGGUCUGUUGUAUCAUUUCUUCUCCAGGACACAGAGCCUCUUCAUGUCUGUCAGUGAGUCAGAGAUCCACAGGCUAUGUAAGGAGCAGACUUGGCUCAAAUAGUAUUUGCCUGCAGUUGUUUUAUUCCACUUUGAGUACCAAAUGACUAGUUCCCAAAUCUGACAACAAAUGAGCUCGUUUUAAACAGCAUAACCCCUCCCUCUGUUGACAGUAGACAGCUAUAACACACACUGCCAAACAUUUCUGCACGCUUUAAAUUUUGUUGUCUUAUGUUUAAUUUUAAGCACUGUACCAAUUGUAAAUGCCCUAAAAUUGAAAGUAUAAGUGAGAAACAAAGUUUAAGUUAAUUGAAAUAUGUUUUAACUAUUUAAUUGGAAAUGGCAAAGAUCUUGACUUCUCUAUAUAUUUAUUAUAUAUUCGUUCAAAAAAGCAAAUUUUGACCUUCUGUUGAGGGUGUGAUCGCUGUGCCAAACUAUCGCGCAGAGCUGUAAGAUUAAUCUGAAAAUUUGGGGCUUUUGGUGGAACACUAAAAGCCUCUCAGCAGUCGUCAUAGAAAGCAGAGAAAGUGCAAACUGUUAUUACUCUGAGAAUGAAAGCUAUAAAAAAAAGAGCUGGUUGGAAACACUUUUGCUGACCGUUUAAAUUAUUUUGUUAAAAACAUACAGAAGGAUAAAACAAAUAGACCAUUGUACACCAUGUUGUGUGCUGCUAUUUACAGAUUUAUAUCGUUUCAAUAAAAAAAUAGUCAAUUUACGUGUGUCAAUAACCUAAUCUAUAUUUAUACAGAAACAGACUGGCAGUGUUUAUUGAUCUGUAGGUCGACACAUGAAAUCUUCGUAAAAGAUUUCUUUUGUCCUGCCAGAAUGAAGUAGCUACAUUCCUUCUAAAGAGCAUAAAUGUGGAAAGUCUCAGGUGACUUAGAAAGUAAUUUUUCUGUCAGUGACACUUCUCACUCCACUGUCUGACGGUGGCGUCUCAUCAUCUGGUACACAAAGGGGAAUGAAACAUUGCGUGAUGAUUUUCAAAUACCUUUUGGUCCAGGUCUACUCAGGACACUGUUUCCUGGUAUGUUUUUCAGACACUGGUUUUUGAGCACUGAGAACACAGUGCGUUCCUACGAGGAACCUCCACUUGUCCGCAUGCCUUAAGACAGAACAGGUAGUUUGCGUGACUCGCUCAGAGGCCUGUACCACGAGGCAAGUUCAACUUCUGUCUGGCUCUCUUCAGGGUUAUCUGGCUUCGCUGAGCCUAACAUCGGCCGUCCUGGAUAACCUGUAUCACAAAGUUGGUCAUCAACUGGCUGUUAACUCUGCGUUCACCUGGCCAUGAGAGUGGUCAUGUGGAAGAGGCGGAGGUGUCAAUUACAAGUGAUUGUAAUUGGGUUUAGUUUUUAUUUCCAGUUAUCAUCACAUCAUCAAGUCUUUUCAUGCUUUUCUGAUUCUAGUCUUGAAAGAAUCUUUGUACAGUUAAAAUGCCGAUUUCUUUAUUUUUUGUCACUUUAUCGUGAAUUCUUUUUGUCCAUGUUAGGAUCCUGUAGGAAUCAUGACCUCGCUUUUUUUCCAGUGAUGUGAUUGGUCAGUGGUUUUAAUCUUAUCCUCUGAAGUUAACCUGCUCCGGAGCAGGUUAGCCGUGCAGCAUAUGUUACCAUGGUGAUCUACCCUGGUUAAAGAUGAGCCAGCUUUGUGAUACUAGAAAACCUGAGCCCAAAGAUAGCUGGAUAACCCACUAAUCUCGCUUUGUGGUACAGGCCCCUGAUCUGCCAUGAAGUCUGCUGUUGUGUUUUGGGGGGACGUCCCUGAAAACCUGGAGCUGCUGGUCCCACCCACGUUUUUAGGGAGUCGCCCCCACCAUGUUUCCCUUGCUGGUUGUGUGCGUCCGUGAACGUGUGCGUGUCUGUGUGUCUGUGUGCAGGCAGGCGCUUGCAUGGAUGUGUUAGAUUGAGUAUUGUGUGUAUGUGUAUAUAUGCAAAAUAAAAUCUACACGAGACAAAAAAAACAAAACUUAAAACUCCAAGCUGUGGUGGUGCUGGAAGAGCAGUCUCACCCCUCUCCACUGGGUUUCUUUUUUAUUAAUGAGUUUUAUAGGAUUGGCCUUCGAUAGAUCAUUCCCUCUAUAUGAAAGGUUGUGAGCCAGAAUUCAAGAUAUUUGAGGGAACUUCUGUUUCAUUCCUGCAUCAGGCAAAAAUCUGAGCUGCUGCACAUUUAUCAGAUAAACCCUAACGAUGUGUGCUUAUUUCAAAUAUGAGCAAAUGUGUUAAGUACGUACGUGUGUGUGUGUGUGUGUGUGUGUGUGUGUGUGUGUGUGUGUGUGUGUGUGUGUGUGUGUGUGUGUGUGUGUGUGUGUGUGUACUAGUGGCAGGGCCAUGGCACAUGCACCUCACUGUGUUUGCAGGGCAGCACAGCAUCCAACACAGUGACCCCUGCUCUCUCUGUUAUAACCCAGUGAUGAUUUCGAUGUUGCUGUCUGUCCAUCAUCCACUUUGUUCCAGAGGUUUGUGUCUAAUUCUUGGUAUAUGUUUUAUCUUCUAACUAGUACCACAUUGAUGGGGUUUACACAUGUUGCAGCAAAUGUUCCUGUAGCUGAUAAAUGUAUCAUCCUCUGACUGUAGCAAACUCCACCCAUCUGGUAUUCAAUCCUGAAUAAAACAGCCACCAACUAUUACUUGCAAACACUGGCCCAGCUCUUACUCAUACUGUAAUACUGUAAUAGACACAGGUCUGAAUAAAUACUACUGAAUGUGUCAAAGACAGAGACUGAAGCAGAGACUGAAGGCAGGGGUCACCACAGACAGAAAGUGCUUUUUAAUGUAACCUGAUGUAAUGAGAUUCAUUCGAAUGUAAUAAUGAGUAGUGUUUGUUUUCCUCCCGGUUGUAUAUUUGUAAAAGCAGAAAAGAAAAGGACUGCAUACUGUAUGUGUGACAUUACCUUUGUCGUUGGAUGUGUUUGACCUCAACUUUGUACGAGGGGUUCUGGUCAAGUAAUGUGUGCUAUACUUGAAGAAUGAGGCAUUUUCUGGACUUACCUGCACAAUAUCACCCCCCCCCCCCCCCCCCCAAGAAAAACUUAACAAGACCAGAGUGUAUCCCCCUUAAAGAUGUCUUAAUUCACCUGUUUUAAAAGUACUACUUCAGUUUCUAUUGAUAGCACACAACUAGUUACCCUGUACAUAAAGAGGCUAGUUUUUUUAUUUUAUUUUUCUGUCAAAAAUCACGUGGAAAGAGAGGACUUUUUCUCCCACUGGUAGUUCCAAUAAGCACAUCUCGACACCUGUCACACAUCUUUUGUAUCUCUGUUGUAUUUUGAUUGCCUAGAUGGUUCAUAAAAAAAGGAAACUAGAUCUAUUUAUCUAAACAUGAAAAAAGUCUAAAGUUAUUUAAUGUAUUAAAAAUCGGGACGUAUCAUUUAACUGUAGAUGACAUAAUCUGCUUUUUCAAUAAAGUGGUUUUGUAGCUAACUGCAAAAUAA